GUCUUCCUUGCCGGCCCCACUCUCUUUCUCUGCGAUGACGACCUCUCGACGGCGCCUGGCCGCUUGGUCCUUGUUGUCUAGCCUGCGUGUCUACUUUCGAUCUAGUGUCGCGGAGGCAGGUGAAUCGACUGUGCUGGUGGAACUGGGGCGCUCCACGCUGUUGGCGUUGGUGGUGUUUUCUCGUAGUCAAAUCUCUGUGCCUAGGUUUUGGCAUGAUGAUUGAGGCGGUGGUGGUUACCUUCCCUCGGAUGGUGUAAUUUUACAGGAUAAGUUCCUCUUGUUUCGUCUGGCUCUGUCAUCUUUACUGAUUGUUGAUCCAAUUGGGAUAUUGUGGCACUUCCAGAGCUAGGGCACCUGCGGUUUUUUGUGAAUCAACUUGUUUCUGUUGAUAUUUUAUGAUUGUUUAUUUAAUCUUAAGUUGCGUAGGCUGUAUGUCUAUAAUGAAUAACUAUGUUCAGUGGCGGAGGACGCCAGAAAAUCUAGGUGUUGCUAACCCAACGACGAAUAAAAAUUUAUGACACAUGAUCACAUAACAUCUCAACUAAUGCUUUCUUCAAUGAUUUUGAUGUUGUGUCCUUCACAUUCUUGAUGCCCAAAAAUCUUUCUAUUACUUCACCCUUUUUAUUGACAAAUCUCACAACAAUAGCCAUUUGUUCUUUAACCGAUAUAUCACAGGAUUCAUCAACAAGAAUAGAGAAUAAACAAUCCCCCAUUUCUUCUUUAAUUGCACGUGUGAUUUCUUCUGCACAACAAUUUGCAAGUUCUUUUUGAAUCGUCCCCGAAGUCAUCUUGGCAUUUUUGGGAGUUGGGACACAACUCAUCAAAAGCUCUUCUCACCUAUUCCUUUGUUUGUACCAAUCAAUAAAUUCUAAAAAAAUCCCUUUGUUUAAGGAAGUACUAGUCUCACCAUGUCCCCGGAAUGAUUCAGCUUGCAAUGCAAGAGAUUAACAAUACUUAAUGAAGUUUCCAACCGUGUCUCAUAUUUGACCAAUGCAUCUUUACUAUAAUUUGAAACCUUAUGACUAACACUUGACCUUUGGUUACAAAAAUCAUGGAAUGCUGUUGCUGCAGUAUUGUGUAUGCUAUUAGACCCACCAACAUGUUUUGGAAAUGCCGUAUAAACAUUUCUCUAUUGUGAGAAGCCAACUUUUGUAAAUGCAUCAUGGCAAAAUUUAUCAUCCAUUCGAUCAUGCUUAAAAGGUAACAAUAGAAGCAAUAAGCCUUAUUCUUCUCCACACUAUAUUCCAACCAACUAUGUUGUCUGAACCAAUGUUUUUGAAAGCUCCUUUUGUCAUGUGACUGAGGAAAAUUAUGACCAAUUGGUUGAGUCGGACCUUUAGCUAUAAUCAUCUCUAAUAUUAGGAGCAAAAGAAUCGAUUGGAAUACGAAGUCCCGGAUCAGAAAUAAUGUGAUUCGGGUUCAACUGAUUUAUACCUUCGGCUUGAGCAUUAACAUCUUUGCCAUUGGCAUCUGGAAUAUGUCCAUUCUCUUCUAGAACAAGUGCAACUUCACUAUUAUUCUCUUGAACUCCAACUUGUAUUUCGGGUUCAUUGCAAACUCCACUAGCGCGAGUGUUGGUCUACUUCCACUAGAAGCUUGACUGAAAUAGCUCUUCAAAUCUGUCAUUUUAUGAAGCAUAUAGCAUAUUAGAUAAUUAGAAGACAUUACGACAUGGAGUGUUCACAUAAUAAAGAGAGAUACUUUUUUGGGCCAUAUUCUUUGCCUUGUUUUUGUUUCUAUCCAUGUCUGCUAUUUGGAAAUUGGAAAAAUCUGCACAUUGAAAAAUCUAUUGGAUUAGGCAUGUUGUUUUGUUUCUAAUCAAAUAAUCACCCUUACUGGUCACUGCUGUAGUGCUGUGUGCUGUCAGGAGCCGUGGGGCGGCGCGACCGCGCUGGCUGCCUGGCUCGGAGGCAGCUUGGCAGCUUGCAGUGGCCAGCGCCCAGCGGCUGCUCGCGCGUAGGCGCAGGCGCGCACGGCGCAGCGGCCAGCGGCGGCUCGGACGCUCGGUCAGCCCCUGGGGCCUGGCUGCCUGGGCUCGGUCGCUCGGAGGCAGGCAGGGAGGCAGGCAUCGGCUCUGCCUCUGCUGGCUGCGGCUGCUCGUGGCCUCGCGCCGUCGCGCUCGCGCGCAGGGGUGGGAAACUGGGGCCGCUGCUCGGUCGCGCGCAAGGAGAUGGAAUCACCACCCCUCACAGCUGAAGCAAUUGCUUUUACCGAGAAAAAGAUGGACAUGACUUUGGAGGAUAUAAUCAAGAUGUCAAAGAAAAAGAAUCCUGGAGGCAAGAACCCCCCUAGGCAGCCGAUCAAAAAGCGUCCAUUCCAGAAUGCCAACACUAAUAAAGGGAAUGGCAAGGUUCAACGGUUUAUGGAAUCUAGAUCAACCAUUAGACAAGGUGUUCUUGCACAGAGAAGGUCAAAUCUUGGUGGAAGUCAGUUUGCUGCUACAAAGCAGGCUGCAAAGAAGGCUGCUGCUAUGCCAAUGCGCAGCGGGGCUGUCUAUUGGAAGAAGCCUAGUGCAAGUACCUUAGUGCAGAGGAGGUCAGUAGGUGAUGCUUUUCAAAAUACCAAGGUCAAGGAGUCGCAGAACCAUGCAGCACCAAGGACGAUGGAUGCACUCUUUGCACGGAUGAAGGCGCAACGCAUGAGGACCGCACCACAGCAGCAGGCAAAUCCUGCCUCUGGACGUGAUUUCAACCAGCAGCGACGUGUUCAGCAGCAGCAGAGGCGAGGUAGAGCAUAUGGUGGCCGUGUUGUCGGCAACCAAUGAGCAUAUUUGGUGCAUCGAAGCCCCUUCUCUUCACUGGUCUUAAGGACCUUGAGGGCUAGUUUGGGAACUCUAUGUUUCUCUAUUUUCUCAAGUGAAAAUGAGCUAAUUUUUCUUGGGAAAAUGAGGUUUUCAAACUAGCCUUGAAUGAAAGGACGCCGGGGGAAAAUCUAACUUGACUUUCUUUGUUGGAUGAAAGGAUGUGGACAGAAUAUGAAGCGAAUUUUGUGUGACUCUAGUUGUCUGCUUCUGUUCAGCAUGUACACUGACCUACGGAAAUUACUUGCUAGAUUUUGAUGUCAUGUUUAUUGAGUUGA